GCAAGAACUUGUAUUUCCACGGGUCAUCUUUAUUCAAACAAGCACAACCCUCGUAAGAAGAGAAUGCACUGACAAACAUGAUGCCUAAAAAUGGAUAAGAUUGCCAACAAACGAGCUAUGUAGGCGAGAAUCUGCUGCCAGUCCGUAGGUCUCGGCAAUCCGGCCUCGCUGGACGUGGCUCGAUUGGCAACUGAAGUAGAUGACAUCUCAAAUGCCGAUGCUGGAGGAGAGUGCGGGGAGUUCGCGGGGUCAAGGAAAUGCGCGAGGUUCUCUAUUCGACGUCGUCCUGUUGAACUGGAGUACGAGGGCUCAGUUCGGUCGUUCAAAUGUGAGCUGACCUAGGCCGAGACGAUGGCUGCGGAGGGAUCGACCGAUUCGAGUGUGAGCAGGCAAAGAGAUGGGGAUGGUAUUCGACAGUACUAUCUGGCAGUGGACCGUGUGCAGUUCAAGAUGGGAACGCUGGUGGAUUUAUUGAAGGUUUUAGGGAGGAGGGCGGGGCUUCCUGUGGCGAUCUGCGUUGGUGCACGAGAUAGUUUGGAUGCAGUGUGUGACACCGUGGCCGCGUCCGACCAAUUUUCAGUGAGCUUUUUGCAUAGCGAUCUUGGUGACAGUGAACGAGCAGCGGCUCUGGAAAGUUUUCAAAUGGCCAUGUCACAGUGGAAUUACGACAACAUUGAGCAAACAGAGGAGGAAAAAGCCCUAGAAGCCGAGGCCAGAACGUUCAGGUCCCAGGUAUUGGUGAUGACGGAUGCUUCUCUACCAUCACAUACAUUGGGCGAGUCUCCACUUCUUGCCAGAGUGAUGAUCAAUUUUGACCUUCCAUCCAAGAAGGAAGCCUACUCGAGGCGCAUGUCUGCAUGUUUUGGCUCUCCUGCGUUCAGCUCCAACAGUGGCAGUUUCAGCAGUGGCUUGUUCGCAGGGGGCCUUGUAAUCAAUGUGAUGAUUGGCGGUGAGGUCAGCAUGCUUAGGAACAUCGAAGAGAGCUGUGGAAUUGUGAUCGAUGAAAUGCCCAUCAACAUCUCCGAGCUCGUAUGAAGAGAGUCUUGUGGAUCUUUUUGCGUAAACGGAUGGUGCAGAGAUCAUGACCACCUUGACUCCAACCUGGGUGGAAUUUAAGUUCUGCACUGCGGGUGGUCGAGGAGUGACAAUGAUAUUAACAUGUUUUUUCAGGAUACGAACCAGUUCUAAAACCCCAAGUAUAACAAUCAGAGCCCUUAACUUUACGGUCCCAGGUAGUUUCAGCCCCCGAAUACAACUGUGGGGAAUUCUUGUGACGGGCUGUCUUAAACUGCCCGUCUUUACUGCAAUGGCAUGUUGACCAACACGCUGUCAAGACGCACGAAAUCAACGACAGCCAUGUACUAUAAUUUGUUCAUUCAACUGUGUACAGAUAGACCUCCGCUUAGUUGAAGCGGGUUCUAACAGCAGCUAGUUUUGAGGGAGUAUGGUCUUCGAAAGGGUUAGUUAAGCUCUGUCUUCCACUUUGUAUGACAGUGAUUUUGCCCCUCGUGUCUGGAAAGCUGAUGCGUUUCUCUCCUUAUCGUUAUCAAUUGAGAUGUGUGAUUUUAGAAUAUAUUUUCAAACACGACAUUUGGAUCCCCGGUGAUUAAUGUCUUGAAGCUUUGCCUGUUUGUCAAGAAUCUCAACUCAAACGAUGAUGGUCAAAUCUGAUCUCGGAGGUGUUUUUUUUGCAUUCUGAACUAUAUGACAAAUUACCAUGUCGAUUAGAUGGACAGCAACUUUUACCUCGUUCAACUUUUUUUCAU